AUGUACGUUCCCAAUACGCGCUGGACCUGGGCUUUUAUGCUCACGGCCAUCUGCCAGGUCGGCAUUGCCCUCGCCCUAGAGUCAUAUGUCUUUAGCAAGUUCCAGAAUGAGAUCCAUUUCGCGGCCUCUGGUGCAGGCGCCAACGAGACCCGCACAAUUCCCACUUUCCUCGCCGUCUUCAUGUUCGGCUACGUCUACCAACUAUUCCUCACCUGGGAUGCCCUACGCAUGAAGAACACCAUUCAGGUCAUCGGUCUCGUUCUCUACAACAUCGGCAUUCUCAUCUACGCCGCCAUCCAAUUCGACCAGAUCAAGGACGCUGCCGACGACCUCAACACGCGCCGCUUCAUCCCCCAAGAUUUCUGGGACGACGUCAAGCCUAUGCUCAUCGCUCUGCCCGUGCUUAUGGCUGUCGCGACUCUCAUUUUCGCCUUCGAAGCAUGGAAGCUGUACGACGAGUUUGCCUGGACCAUCUACAAGCGCAUCAGUGCCGACACAAGACUGAAGAGGCGCUAUCUGACUUACCAGAUUUACAUCGCGCUCCUCAAGUUCGACUUCUUCUUCUUCUUGGCCUUCACCGUGCAGUUCCUGGUUGUCGUCAAGAACACCAAGACAGUCGAACUCAUCCUUACCGCAGCCGCCCUCGUCAUCACCUUUUUUCUUCUGUUCCUCGCCGCCUGGUGGGUCCGUCGCGAGUCUGUCGCUGGAAUGAUUGGUAUCAUCGUCGUCUACUUCAUUGCUCUCGGCUACUUCCUGUUCAAGCUCAUCCGGAUGUGGGUCGCCGAUGCCAGCCGCCAGGAGGACUACAAGCCAGCCCGCAAGUCGCUGACUGCCUUUGCCAUUCUCACCAUCCUCCUACUCAUCAUCACCAUUGUCACCGCGUGCUUAUGCACACACAACUUCAACAAGGGCUUGAAGCCCCAUGUCAACGACAAGAUCGUCCAGAACGACAAGACAUACAACACAGAGAUGCCGUCAUUGAGCGGACCUGCGCCAUCACAACGGAUGGAAAUCGACUAG